AUGAGCUCCGAAAUGGAUACUUUUGCGGCCCGCCUAGCCAGUUUCGACAUGGUGUUGAAGCCGGAAAAGCGCAGAUCUUCAGGCACAAAAACACCAAAAGCAAUCACAUGGCCGCACCAGCGACCUUCACCGGCUGAGUUGGCGCACGCUGGAUUCUACUAUAAACCAUACGAAACAAAUCCUGACAACACAACAUGUUUCGAGUGCCACCGGGCGCUGGAUGGGUGGGAGGAAGAUGACAAUCCCAUAACAGAACAUCUCAAGCAUGCACCCGAUUGCGGAUGGGCCAUUAUGAUGGACAUCCAACAGGGCAGUUCCAACCCCGCCUCGAUUGAAGACCCUACAGGCGAUCGCAUCACACAAGCGCGACUAGCGACAUUUGGUUCCGCAUGGCCACAUGACGGGAAGCGAGGUUGGGUGUGCCAGUCAGAAAAGAUGGUCGAAGGUGGAUGGUAUUUCUGCCCAACAGAGGAAAGCAAUGACUUGGCCAGUUGUGUAUACUGCAAGCUGUCUUUGGAUGGCUGGGAGCCCAAGGACGAUCCAUUUGACGAACACUACCGUCGCUCAUCAGACUGUUCUUUCUUUGUAUUUGCCCAACCCCCAGGGAAGAAGGGCAAAGGCUCAAAAACCAAGAAGCCUCGGGUGUCUAAGGCCUCUUCUCGACUUUCCACCCAAUCCGUCGGCACAGUCACAUCUGAAGCCCCCGACAUGGAUAUGGAUGACUCAAUGGAUCAGAGUAUUUUGUCGCAAGCCACCACCAAAUCAAAAUCUACGAAGAAGACAACCAAAGGCAAAUCGAAAGCCACCAAGAACAAGAAAGAGGAGCCAACAGAGGUCGAAGACCAAGUUGAGGGCGAAAUCGAAGAAGUUGCUCAGCCAGAGCCUGCAAAGACCAAGCGUGUCGGCAGAGGGAAGAAGCGAGUCAGCGAAGAUAUCAAGGAUGAACCGGAGCCGGUUUAUUCAGAAGAGAAAGAGCGACCACAGCCACCUGCAGAACCUCCAGCGAAAAGACGAGCAACGAAAACACGGAGCAGUAGCAUUGCUCGCAACUACGAUUAUGAACACUGUGAUUAUGUGAUGGCGGAUGCAGAGCCUAGAGAUGAGGUGGUCUCGGAUGAAGAACACAAGAGGGGUCGCAAGCCUACAAAGAAGAGCGCGUCUAAAUCUCGCAAGGUCUCUGGUGUGUCUGCUACUUCAAAAGCCCAACCAAAAGCCCGGGUACCCCGUGACUCGGAGAUUGAUGCAGAGAUUGAAGCAGGCCUGGAGGAAGAUAUUCCUGAGCCUGCUGAGCCAGAGGCUGUGUCUGUACCAGAACAGUCACCGGUAUCAAAGAAGACAAAGUCAAACAAAAAGUCCAAAAUUGUGACUCAAUCUCCUGAGCCUACUAUGCAGGAUCAGGUAGAUGAUGCCGAUGCCCAUAAGUCAGAUCCAAACGAUCCCGUGGAAACCAUUGAUGACAUACUUGAAGUGCCAGCCCCCAAGGUCAAGACGGCGAAAGUACCCAAGAAAAAAGGAGCAAAGAAAACAAAGGCCGAGGAGCCGAUUAAACCGGAAUCACCAGAGGGUCGGCGAUCAUUAAACGCCCUGGUCGCAGAUGAUGGAGAUGAGCCCGAGCGUUAUGAAUCCUCCAUAUCUGUUGAAAUUAUGGACAAGCAGGCUGAGCGAGCGCCAGUGGCCGAAGAACCGGCGGUGAAGGCUGAGACUAAAAAGAGCUCCAAGAAGAAGGAAGCCACCUCGACCAAAGAAAAGAAGCCCAAGAAAUCAGAAAAAAAGGCAGAGGCAACUCCGGUUCCUGUGCCACCAGUCGAAGAGCAUUAUGACGCCGAAUCGACAAUUGAUGAACAAGACGACGAGUUUGAAGAUGCGGAUGAUCUGCCUGAUCAGCUUCAGCUGGUCAAACCUCAACAGCUCUCUCCACCUCCUCAACCGCUCUCGUCUGAGCCACAUUCGUCACAUCGCAAGACGCCCAGCUUGCCGCCAAAGACCACCAAGCGGUAUAGCGAUAUUCCCCAAGAGGAGCAUUUUGCAGAGAGUUUUGCUAGUCAAAGCUCACCCAAUGAAAUCCGCGAGCCUCGGCGAACAUCUAAACGGUCUGACCGUGCAGUCUCGCCCCUCCCAUCAACCCACCGAAGUACGCCCUCACCAUCCCCGCAAUCAUCGGAUGCGGAGAACCGGCCCCCAUCGUCACGGCCUACGGCAUCGCGUCCGCCAGCUCAGUCUACACCCAAACACCCCGAGUUCCGAGCCCCUAUGGCAAAUAACACUCCAUCACCAUCUAAGCGCAAUGCCAAUCCUGGGUUUGGGCCUUCAGGCCAACCAUGGACACCUGUGGAUAUUGAUGAAGCGCUCUUUGGAGAAGCCAGCGAUAAGGAGAAUGCUGAUCUGUCUGGGCUCUUCAAGGGUAUGAAAGGUGGAUUGACCAGCCCGGAGAAGAAAAUGACAGUUCAAGAAUGGAUCGCGUGGAAUGCAAAGAACGGCGAAGAACGAUUGAAGAGAGAAUGUGAACGACUUGUCGGUCAAUUUGAGAAGGAGGGCGGCCGGGCCAUGCAGCGGCUCGAAGCCAUCGAGUGCAUUGACUAG